CCCAGCUUCUCUGGAGAGAAUGAGCUGGUGUUUGGGGUGCAGGUGACCUGUCAGGGCCGUUCCUGGCCAGUUCUCCGAAGUUAUGAUGACUUCCGAUCCCUGGAUGCCCACCUACACCGGUGCAUAUUUGACAGGAGGUUCUCCUGCCUCCCAGAGCUCCCCCCACCCCCAGAGGGUGCCAGGGCUGCCCAGAUGCUGGUGCCACUGCUGCUGCAAUACCUGGAGACCCUGUCAGGCCUGGUGGACAGUAACCUCAACUGUGGGCCUGUGCUCACCUGGAUGGAGCUGGACAACCACGGCCGGCGACUGCUCCUCAGUGAGGAGGCUUCCCUUAACAUCCCUGCGGUGGCCGCUGCGCACGUAAUCAAACGGUACACAGCCCAGGCACCAGAUGAGCUGUCCUUCGAGGUAGGAGACAUUGUCUCUGUGAUCGACAUGCCACCCACUGAGGAUCGGAGCUGGUGGCGGGGCAAACGAGGCUUCCAGGUCGGUUUCUUCCCCAGUGAGUGUGUGGAACUGUUCACAGAGCGGCCUGGUCCAGGACUAAAGGGGGAUGCCGAUGGUCCCCCGUGCGGUGUCCCAACGCCCCAGGGUGUCUCCUCUCUGACCUCAGCUGUGCCCCGGCCACGUGGGAAGCUGGCUGGCCUCCUCCGAACCUUCAUGCGCUCCCGCCCUUCUCGGCAGCGGCUGCGGCAGCGGGGCAUCCUGCGGCAGAGGGUGUUUGGCUGUGACCUUGGAGAGCACCUCAGCAAUUCAGGCCAGGAUGUGCCCCAGGUACUUCGCUGCUGCUCUGAGUUUAUUGAGGCCCACGGCGUGGUGGAUGGAAUCUACCGGCUCUCAGGAGUGUCAUCCAACAUCCAGAGGCUACGGCAUGAGUUCGACAGCGAGAGGAUCCCUGAACUGUCCGGCCCCGCCUUCCUGCAGGACAUCCACAGCGUGUCCUCCCUCUGCAAGCUCUACUUCCGGGAACUGCCGAAUCCCUUGCUCACGUACCAGCUCUAUGGGAAGUUCAGUGAAGCCAUGUCGGUGCCCGGGGAGGAGGAGCGCCUGGUGCGAGUCCACGACGUCAUCCAGCAGCUGCCCCCGCCUCACUACAGGACCCUGGAGUACCUGCUGAGGCACCUGGCCCGCAUGGCGAGACACAGUGCCAACACCAGCAUGCAUGCCCGCAACCUGGCCAUUGUCUGGGCACCCAACCUACUACGGUCCAUGGAACUGGAGUCUGUGGGGCUGGGUGGGGCUGCAGCCUUCAGGGAGGUACGGGUGCAGUCUGUGGUGGUGGAAUUCCUGCUCACCCACGUGGAUGUCCUGUUCAGCGACACCUUCACUUCCGCUGGCCUCGACCCUGCAGGCCGCUGCCUCCUCCCCAGGCCCAAGUCCCUUGCGGGCAGCGGCCCCUCCACUCGCCUGCUGACGCUGGAGGAAGCCCAGGCUCGGACCCAGGGCCGGCUGGGGACUCCCACCGAGCCCACCACUCCCAAGGCCCCAGCUUCACCUGUGGAAAGGAGGAAAGGGGAGAGAGGCGAGAAACCGCGAAAGCCAGGGGGAAGCAGCUGGAAGACGUUCUUUGCCCUGGGCCGGGGCCCCAGCAUCCCCCGGAAGAAGCCUCUACCCUGGCUGGGGGGCACCCGUGCCCCACCGCCACCUUCAGGCGGCCGACCUGACACAGUCACCCUGAGAUCUGCCAAAAGUGAGGAGUCUCUGUCAUCACAGGCCAGCGGGGCUGGCCUCCAGAGGCUGCAUAGGCUCCGGCGACCCCACUCCAGCAGUGAUGCUUUCCCUGUGGGCCCCGCACCUGCUGGCUCCUGCGAGAGCCUGUCCGAGUCCUCCUCCUCCUCCUCCGAGUCCUCCUCCUCCUCCGAGUCCUCCUCGUCCUCUGGGUCCUCAGCAGCUGGGCUGGGGGCGCUCUCUGGCUCCCCCUCACACCGAACCUCAGCCUGGCUAGAUGAUGGUGACGAGCUGGACUUCAGCCCACCCCGCUGCCUGGAGGGGCUCCGGGGGCUCGACUUCGAUCCCCUUACGUUUCGCUGCAGCAGCCCCACACCAGGGGACCCGGCGCCUCCCGCCAGCCCGGCGCCCCCAGCCCCUGCCUCCGCCUUCCCACCCAGGGUGACCCCCCGGGCCCUCUCACCCCAAGGGGCUGCCAGCCCUGCCUCGCCCACUGCCCUGGACAUCUCAGAGCCCCUGGCUGUAUCAGUGCCACCUGCUGUCCUGGAGCUGCUGGGGGCCGGGGCAACGCCUGCCUCAGUCACCCCAACGCCGGCCCUCAGCCCCAGCCCAGGCCUACGGCCCCAUCUCAUCCCCUUGCUGCUGCGCGGAGCCGAGGCCCGGCUGAGUGACACCUGCCAACAGGAGAUCUGCAGCAAGCUGGCGCUGCCUGGUCCCCGGGGAGCCCAGGGCCAGCCUGGUCUUGGUAUGGAUUCACCGCUGCUGCCCCCACCCCUGUCCCUCCUGCGCCCUGGGGGGGCCCCACCCCCACCCCCCAAGAACCCAGCACGCCUCAUGGCCCUGGCCCUGGCUGAGCGGGCUCAGCAGGUGGCCCAGAGACAGAACCAACAGGAGCAUGGGAGCACCCCUUCUGCUCCCCACUCUCCUUUCCACCGCUCACUGUCACUAGAGGUGAGCGGUGAGCCCCCAGGGACCUCAGGGGUUGGGCCGGCCCCCAACUCCCUAGGCCACCCAGGUGCCUGGGUUCCUGGACCCCCACCCUCCCUGCCAAGGCAACAAAGUGACGGGAGCCUGGUGAGGAGCCAGCGGCCCCCAGGGACCUCAAGGAGGGGAGUCAGAGGCCCUGCGCAGGUUCCUACUCCCGGCUUCUUCUCUUCAGCCCCUCGGGAGUGCCUGCCGCCCUUCCUUGGGGUCCCCAAACCAGGCUUGUACCCCCUGGGUUCCCCAUCCUUCCAGCCCAGCUCCCCAGCCCCAGUCUGGAGGAGCCCCUUAGGUCCCCCUGCACCACUUGACAGGGGAGAGAACCUGUACUACGAAAUCGAGACGGGUGAGGGAACCCCCUACUCUGGCCCUACUAGGUCCUGGAGUCCCUUUCGCUCUAUGCCCCCAGAUAGGCUCAAUGCCUCAUAUGGCCUGCUUGGCCAAUCGCCACCACUCCACAGGUCCCCCGACUUCCUGCUCAACUACCCACCACCCCCUUCGUGCUUUCCCCAUGACCACCUUGGCUACUCAGCCCCCCAGCAUCCCGCCAGGCGCCCUACCCGGCACGAGCCCCUCUACGUUAAUCUAGCUCUGGGGCCCAGGGGUCCCUCACCUGCCUCUUCCAGCUCCUCCUCUCCUCCUGCCCACCCCCGGAGCCGUUCAGAUCCUGGCCCCCCAGUCCCCCGCCUACCCCAGAAACAGCGGGCCCCCUGGGGCCCCCACACCCCUCACAGGGUGCCUGUGCCCUGGGGCCCUCCAGAGCCUCUCCUGCUGUACAGGGCAGCCCCACCGGCCUACGGGAGGGGGGGCGAGCACCACCGAGGGUCCUUGUACAGGAAUGGGGGGCAAGGAAGGGAGGGGGCUGGUCCCCCACCCCCCUACCCCACUCCCAGCUGGUCCCUCCACUCUGAGGGUCAGACCCGAAGCUACUGCUGAGCCACAGCUGGGGGAGAGACCUUCCUCCCUUCCCUUCGCCCUCACUGAUCUUGGCCCCAUCUAAUCGCUUGUUUUGUAUUUUCUUGAGCUCCCGACCCCUACCCCAGGUUUCUAACUUUGUAACUUGUUUCUGAUGUGGGUCCCUAACCUGUUAUGGCUUCCCUACCCUGGGCCGAAAAGGGCACACCCAUCCCCCCACCAUCCUCCUGUCCCGGGGGCUCUCGCACAAAUCUGAGGGCUAGGCUGACAGACACCCUGUCUUCCCUCUCCCUCCAGGAGCCCCCAGUUUGUCCUGACCUGUACACAGGGGGUUGGGGAACAGCUCCUGCCCAUCUCCCCCCACACCCCCCACUAAACCAUCUG